AUUUCCAUCCACACAAUACCAGCUAAGACGGUGCCAGAAAGAUUGCCUUGAAAAUGAAGAUUUUACUAUGGAUUGCAGUUAUAGCCUCUGUGGCUACUAUGGCUUAUUGUCGUAAUAACAACUGGGGUCAGCGUCAGCCUGGAGAUAGUCUAGUUUUCACUAAACAUAUCAAAAUACCAGCAAAAUCGGGUGUAAUGUCGGGCAAAUCUGUGAGCUAUGAUCCUUGGUUUAUAAAGCCUCAAAUUACCAACGUCGUGGUCACAGAUAACCUUAAGGGAGAUAAUGAAGCUACAGCCACUUUGCUAAACGGUGGGCCGGGUAAAAAAUUUGCCAAAAUUCGUUUGGUUUCGAAGCAGUCAAAGCCUUUGGAUGCAACCAUAGAAAUCUAUGCCAAAAAAUAAAAAUUCCAUAUACCAAUUGAGAAUA